UUCUGGGGCUUUCUUUCCCUUUGGGCAACCAGAAGUUUCCGUUUUGUGUCUCUGUCGCCUCCCCAGCCUUUUAGUUGAGCCCCAUACAGUCCCUGUGUGAAACUAACCUUUUAGGAUCCCUUCUGCCUGCUCUGUGUGUGUGUAUGAAAGGAGAAAUGCGACCCGGGUGCUCGGCUUGCAACUUGCUGGGGCAGCAGGAAGGCGUGGUUGACUCUGGUUACAGGGGGAUGGAUGUUCGCUUCCCUUUGGGACUCUCUAAGAGGUAAUAGGCAGCUCACUCUAGUUUGGGGAGAGGAAUAGUAGCUCUUUCCACAUCAAGGGGGGACCCCCAGAAACAUAAAUAAACGAGCCAACUUAAAAUGGUACGUGGAGGCGUCGCUUGGGACUGGCAGCCAUUCAGAGCCAAGGUAUGGCCUCACAAGUCUUGGUCUAUCCACCAUAUGUUUAUCAAACUCAGUCAAGUGCCUUUUGUAGUGUGAAAAAACUCAAAGUGGAACCAAGUAGUUGUGUGUACCACGAAAGAACCUACCCUCAGAUCUAUGUGAAUGGUAAACAUUUUGGAAUUGUUCCGCCUCCCAGCAGGCUUGGUACUUUUUUACAGGCUACAAAUCUUUUUGACAGACCUCAAAGAGAUAAUUUUUUGUUGCAAACCAGUGCUGUUGCUUUAAAAAAUAUUGCAGGUGCUACAAAGAUACUAGCAGUGCAGGCACAGCAACCUCAAGUGGAAGCACCUUGGCCUGGCACUCAGGAAAGUCUAAACUUCUUGGACCGCCCUCAGCGAUGUGGACUGAAGCGUAAGAGUGAAGACUUGGAGAAUCAGAGUGACACAAUGCAGAUUGUUGAUGAACUGCCUAUAUUGCCUGCAAUGUUGCAAACAAACCUGGGAAACCCAGUGACGGUUGUAACAACGACUGCAAAUUCAAAACCAAGUGGUACAAGUGGUGAUGGAGAUUAUCAGUUAGUGCAUCAUGAGGUCUUAUGCUCUGUGAAAAGUACUUAUGAGGUUCUUGAUUUCCUCGGGCGAGGGACUUUCGGACAAGUGGUGAAGUGCUGGAAAAGAGAGACGAAUGAAAUAGUAGCAAUCAAAAUUCUAAAGAACCAUCCAUCUUAUGCACGUCAAGGACAAAUAGAAGUGAGCAUAUUAGCAAGACUAAGUACAGAGAAUGCUGAUGAGUUUAAUUUUGUCAGAGCUUAUGAAUGUUUUCAGCAUCGGAAUCAUACUUGCUUAGUUUUUGAGAUGUUGGAACAGAAUUUAUAUGACUUUCUGAAGCAAAACAAAUUUAGCCCUCUUCAGCUAAAAGUAAUACGGCCUAUUCUGCAACAGGUGGCCACUGCACUGAAAAAACUAAAAAGUCUUGGUUUAAUACACGCUGACCUCAAACCAGAAAAUAUUAUGUUAGUGGAUCCAGUCCGACAGCCUUACAGAGUCAAGGUGAUUGAUUUUGGGUCUGCUAGCCAUGUAUCAAAGACUGUCUGUUCAACAUAUUUGCAGUCUCGGUACUACAGAGCACCAGAAAUCAUACUGGGUUUGCCAUUUUGUGAAGCCAUAGACAUGUGGUCACUGGGCUGUGUGAUUGCUGAACUGUUCCUUGGAUGGCCCCUGUAUCCAGGAGCCCUUGAAUAUGACCAGAUUCGUUAUAUUUCACAAACGCAAGGCUUGCCUGCAGAGCAGUUGUUGAACAUUGGAACAAAGACCACACGAUUUUUCUGUAAAGAAACAGAGGCACCAUAUUCUAGUUGGAGAUUAAAGACUUUGGAAGAACAUGAAGGAGAAACAGGAAUGAAAUCUAAAGAGGCCCGAAAGUACAUUUUCAAUAGUUUGGAUGAAAUAGUGCAUGUGAACAUGGUGAUGGAUUUGGAAGGAAGUGACCUGUUGGCAGAGAAAGCAGACAGAAGAGAGUUUGUCAGCCUGUUGAAGAAAAUGCUGUUGAUUGAUGCUGACUUAAGAAUCAAUCCGGUUGACACACUGAACCAUCCCUUUGUUACCAUGAAGCACCUCCUUGAUUUUCCCCAUAGCAACCAAGUGAAAUCCUGUUUUCAUAUCAUGGACAUUUGCAAGUACCGAUCCAAUUCAUAUGAUAUGAAUAACCGCAAUAAAACAACACAUAUGCGACCAGUUGCCUCAAGCAAUGCACCGGGUCUGACAGCUAGCUUUGCCAAGAUGGGAGCAGUUCGAAGUCAGACAUUAGCUGCAUCUGCCCAUUCGGUUUUGCCCCAUGGAAUACCAUUACAGGCAGGAACUGCACAGUUUGGUUGCAGUGAUGCUUUUCAUCAAACGCUGAUUAUAUGCCCUCCUGCUAUUCAAGGAAUUCCUGCUAAUCAUGGGAAGCCCAAUGGAUAUUCUCUAAGAGUAGAUAAUGCAGUGCCAUUGGUAACACAGGCCCCAACCCUACAGCCACUCCAGAUAAGAGGAGUUCUGUCUCAGACCUGGUCUAACAGAGCUCAGCAACUAUUGCUUCCUACAUGGCAACAAAUAACCCCCAUGGCUCCUGCAGCAACACUGGCUUCUGAUUCUGUGGCUGGCCCACAGGGACUUAGAGACUGGGGGAAGAUGCUUCCUCGUUGCAACCAUUACAACUCAGUGAUGACACAGUCUCUCUUAACCAAUCAAAUUACUUUAUCUGCUCCUCAGCCAAUCAGUGUGGGCAUUGCACAUGUGGUCUGGCCUCAGCCCACACCAACCAAGAGAAAUAAAGUGUGCCAGAACAGGAGUAAUGUGUUACAAAAUACCAAUAUCCAAAAUUCAGCAUUUGUGUCUCCAAAGAUAUUUAAUGUGAAAGCUGGUGAGAAAGUAAGUUGUGUGGAAACACAGGACAAUCAUAACUCAGAGGGGCAGAAAAGCAUCUGUUGCAAACCAUCUGUCAGGCAGAACCCUGAUUCAUCUGUUUCAAACAAACAACGGCAGGCUAUCAUUAUUGCAGAUUCCCCAAGUCCAGCAGUCAGUGUGAUCACUAUUAGCAGUGACACAGAUGACGAUGAUGUGGCACAAAAGCAUUCAGCUGCAGAAUGUAAAGGUAGUAUAGAUUGUGAAGCUUGUCAGAGUACACUACAUAUUGACCGUGUGUGUUCAUUAAGCAGUCCUGAUAGCACCUUGAGCACUAGCUCUUCUGGACAGUCCAGUCCAUCUCCUUGUAAAAGACCUAACAGCAUGUCAGAUGAUGAACAAGAAAGUGGCUGUGAUACUGUGGGUGGCUCUCCGAGUUCAGACUCUUCAGGUCAUGACAGCCCAUUCUUAGAAAAUGGUUUUGCAGAAGACACCAAUGAAAAUCCAGAAACCAGAACCUCAGCUAACUCGGAAGCCAAACCAGCAGUCUGCACUGUAGUUGUGCCACCAAUGAGGAUACAGAAUAGGUUAAACGUAGAUGAGCAAAUAACAAAUACAGUUACCACCUGCCAACCACUAGUAAAACGUCGAUCUACCCGUGUAAAAAUGAACCAUCCUGGUUUGGGUAACCGUCAACGAAAAUUGACAUCAGCAUUCCAUCAGCAUCACUCAAACCUCAGUCAGGUUCAGCACUUUGGAGCUGGGACUCAGGAGUGGAAUGGAAACUGUGGUCAUUGGAGACAGCAGACAUACAUCCCAACUAAUGUUGCCAGUCAUGCAUUCUCUCUUCAACAUGGAAGUCCCACUCAUACCUCGGUCCAUGCACAUUUGGCUGGAAGUACCCAUCUUGGAGGACAGCCUGCUAUUUUAUCUUAUCCAUCAUCUGCACCCCUGAGUACUGCUGCUCCUGUUGCCCACAUUCUGGCUUCAUCAUGUACCUCAAGACCGAUAUUACAGCAUCCCACAUACAGUAUCUCCCAUCACAGUGGCAUAGUUCACCAGGUCCCAAUGGGCAUAAAUCCCAGACUGCUGCCUUCCCCCACCAUUCAUCAGACUCAGUACAAACCAAUUUUCCCAUCACAUUCUUACAUUGCAUCCCCUGCUUACGCGGGAUUUCCACUGAGUCCAACAAAACUCAGCCAGUAUCCAUUUAUGUGAGACUCAACAGUAUGCUGAUGAAACUCAGUGAUACAUACAUCUGAUACAAGAGGAGAACAUGGUAUUUAAUAAAUAUUAGCCAUGGCACAAGAAUUUUUUUUCACAAUCAUGUUAGACUUGGGUGCAAUUUAAACAACCUUGAGCUUUAACUCACUUUUAAUGUGUUUUUGCACAUUUGGUAUAAAUUUGUCUUUAGUCAUGUUAUCUUCUUAUAGAGUAACUCCAUACAGGUGACUUAUGGGAGCAGAAAUCCAAUUUUGCUCCUACUAUUUUUUAUAAAAUUGCCUUCUAACUAGUGCGAGACACGUCUACAUUUGGGAAGCCAUUGAGUAUACAGAUUUAGAGCAACCAAUGCACAUGUGUCAUCAGUAUCAUGUAUGAGUAACUUGUUUGUAUUAUGUAUCUUGAUGUUCAGUGUUGAGUCACUUAUCUAAAAAGCUGUUUUUCACAUUGCAUGUGUCCUUUGCAUGAGCAAAAAUAAAUUUGCCUAGAAAUUUGCUCUUAAAUGUUGGUGUCCUAAUAAUCUCAGCUGCAUUGUAAACAGUUCCCACACAUAGUGCCUUAAAUAUUUGAAGUUGUUAAUGUUACUAUAUUAUAAAUGUUGAGGACUGCAGCACUUAACAUUCAGAUUUGCUGAUUAUUUGAUAGAGUGCUCACUUUUCUUUUUUCUUUUUUAGUUUUGUGUGGAAUGAGUUUAGUAUUGAGUGUGAUUUCUUUAUCUAGAGGGCAGCAUGUUUUGCUGUUUCUGAAUUCUGCUGUCUGAUAUUUCCCCCCAGAAUGAUCAGCUUUGAGAAGAGCAUUUUGUAGUACUUAGAAAAAGUUGAUUCAGUAGCUGUUGAAUAAAAAUCAAUAUUUUAUACUAUUCAGUGGAACUGCAAUACAAUCUAGGUAGUUUAUUUUCAAAGUGUUUAUGUCCAGCUGGAUUUAAUAACCUGUUUAGAGGUGCAGUAGGCAUGACUUGGCUAGAUUGUGAAAGAAAAAAAAAGCAAAAUGUUCAUUGAUUCAUGCUGUGGUUUCAUCUUAGCUUGAGCAAACCAUGCAGUAUUUAAUAAAUAUUAGCAAAAUAUUUACUAUUGAAGCUUGAAAAGAUGUGAGUACUUUGUGUGCAAUUUUUCAUUUAUGCAUGGGAGAGAAUUUAGCCUUUUUACAUUUUAGUAUUUGUUCUAGCCUUUUGGAUAUUUUUCUUUCUUUCUUAUUUAAUACAUUCCGUCAGGGACUACAAAUUACAUGGAUUUUUUUUCACGUAGAAGUGCAUCUUUUCUGUGUUUUUGUUCUUGUUGAAAUUAAAUUGCUUUUGCAGCACCAAAGACUUAAUCAUCCAUUUCUUAUGAAAGGUAGCUACUUUUUUCAUAGACCUCAAAUAUACUGUAGUGUUAGGGAUGGAUUUAAAGGAAGGUAUUAAAGUGAGGCUGUGAUCUAGCUUAUGAGGCAAAUAAUAAAUUGUAUCAUUUAUCUUGAAUGUAUAAUAGAUAAGCUGCUAUAUAAUGAUUGCCACUUCAGAUAGCUGUGAAAUUAAGUGAUUUAACUAGUUCUUAGCCUUCUAAUUUCUGUACAAGUCUAAUUACAUGAAAUGGAAGUAGAGGGGUUGAUUUUUGUUUUGUUUGCUUUCAUGUUUGGAGUGUUGUAACUACUAUAUUGUAAAUGAUGGAGGAUAUGUUAAUUUGUGGUGUGUUAUUUGCAUCAGUAUUUUAUUUCUAUUAACUAUCAUUGCAUAUAAUGUGGGUGUAUCCAUGUAAUUUAAUUUUUAUGUGUUCAUAGUGACAUUGUGCAGACACUUAAAACUACUUCUUCUUUUUUUAAAAAACAAAUGUUUCUGGAAUACAGUUUUUGCAACAUAGACUGGAAUAGGAGUUCAAAGGAUUUCUUUCACGCACAAUCCUAAACAUGUUUCCCUCAAUUAAAUCCCACUGAGUUUAGUGGGACUUACUUCUGUGGAAAAUGUACAAAGGAUUGCAGCCUCAUCAGGCUAGUAGCUGAUUGAUUUUUUUCUUUGUUCCAUUAACACAAGCAGUGUUUUAUUUAAUGAAUGUCUGAGUGAAAUAAAUGUGCCUGCAUUUGAUUUACUUAUAAGGACUUAAAUACAACAGUAUUAGUUCAUAAACCCAAAAUCAGCAGUACGUUUUAAAGGCAGAACACGGAAAUAAACCCUAACUUUUCCAACAAUUCUUGGGCCACAGUCAGAGAGCCAGAGCUCUGCAUGGCAAGUAGGACAUUUUUGGGUCUUUCAUUCUCUCUCUCUUUUCUUUUGAGCAUUCUCUCCCCAUCUUUUAUAGCAAAUCAGUUAAUUUUGGAAAGCUUAAAAGCUUGUUAUGAUGUGGGAGAGCUGCUGUUCAAAUGAGAAGAGUAGAAAGUAGAAAGAUGCACACAACACUUUUGGGCCUACAUGAAUGCUCUGGAUUGUAGCUUCAGUCAUUUUUCAUAAACUAUUUUAUGCAUUUUGUAUAGGUACAAAUGUGUGCAUGUAUCUCUUAAAAACUAGAUAACCUGGUUAAUUUUUUUCAGCGUAGUCUGAAGCUUAGGCAGAGGAAAUUGAACUAAUCAAGUAGAUUUGUCAUGCUCCUUGACAUUUGUGAUUUCAGCAAAUCCCUGUUUUCUGAGACCUUUUUGGUGUUGAAAAUGGAAUUUCUUGGUGCUGCUUCCAUUGCUGGCAUUGGACUCACCAGGAACUAUGAACAACAGAGGUUAAUUACUUUUCUAAGAAUAACAAAAAAAAAAUCUCUUUAUUUACUUGGACCUUUCUUUCUCUAAAAGAUUUACUGUGCUUUUAAACUGUGUUUAGGAUAUAAAGCUAAUGUAUUUGGCACAUUGUGCCAGGAUAAACAUGAAACCUCUUCUAUCUGUAUACUCCAAAUGAUGCCUGUGGCACUUAAACAUAUUGUUAAAAAGUAGUUUUUACUUUUCAGAAGCUAUACAUAAAUCUUCCACAACCAAAACUGAGCCUGAGGUUUGAAGUAAAAGUUCAGAUCUUUUGCACUCUCUCAGGUUGUUGUCCACAAUUUCACUUCGGAACCUGUUUGCUCUGUGAAAUACCUUGGCUUCUUGGCUGUAGCUCAAGGGUCUGUCUACAGAGAGCAAGAUCAGGCACGGGUGUAAACCUGUACUCAAUAUAAUCCCAGACAAAUAUAUCUGUAUAUCUCAUUGUUCUAAUGCCUUUUAAAUAAAACACUGCACGAUAACAAAAUUGCAUACUGUUUUUAAUUUGGAGACUGAUUUUUAUAUUUCUUGUAUUCAGUUUUUAACUUUAAUUCAGGGUGUGUUAUUGAUCAAAUAUACUACUGUAUUAACUAAUUAUUUUGUUUUUAAAUUUUAAAUAUAUGUAUUUACUGCUAAUUUUAACUUGGUUUGUGUUAAGUAAAAAUGAAAAUCACACUGCAAGCUAUAGAAAGAUUUGUUUAGAACUAAUGAUAGAGAUUUGGUUAUUAAGUUUGAACUGUUACAAUUUAACAAUUAUUUGUAGACUUGUGGCUUUUUUGUUCUUGAUUUCUGUGCUACACUAGUUUGCCAUGUAGCAAUUGCACUGUGCAAUAUUACAAUAAGAGGACUGGGAAAAUUUUUAUGGAUGUAAUGUUUCCUACAGUUUGCGAUAGUAUUUCUCUCUAGUUCUCAGUGAUUUAAAUGUGACCAAGCCUUCUGUACUUUGUCACAAAAAGCGGGUUUUCCAGGUGACUAUUUUGGUGAGUGUCAAAAUAAGAAUUUAUGGUGUAUUACUGUCAAAAUUCACUUUGAAUUAAAAUAUAUAUUGCAGCAAA